UGUUCCUCCUUCUUCUCUCUAGAGAUUCAUAGGAAAAAAGGAGUCGUACUGGAAAGAUGGGAUGGAAUAGAUGGAUAUUUGAUCGAAAAACUUUUAGAGGAUCCACGUUUUCCCAUGCUGCCAACAUAUGUAUCUUAUACACCGAUAUUCAGCGAGCCGGUCAAUUGGGGGGACAAUUAUGGGUCUCGGAUCAGAGGUUACUUUGUCCCAAAGAAGAGCGGACAACACGUGUUCUUCAUAGGUGAGAAAAGGAGACAUGAAUGAAAGUGAUCCUCGCAGUAAUGUGGAACCAACUUAAUGACCAGCUCCCAGUUGGCUUGUUAGUUCAGUUGGUAAAGCACUGCACCGGUAUUCGCAGAGGUCAUGGGUUCAAAUCCCGUUCAGGCCUGAAUUUUUUCCAGGCCUUAUUUUCACUACUGCUCAAGUGGUGCACAUUCCUGCGAGGAUCACUUUCAUUCACGUCUUAAUCCGCAGUUGAAAUAUAUGACUUUUAUAUAUUCUUAGCCGUUUAAAAGGAGACAUGUUGCACAUUUAUCGAAAAUGUCACAAUCAGCAUAUGCCAAGGAAACUGUGGGUGUGGGAAAAAUAUGCCACUUGAAGGACCUCUCUUUACAAAAAAUUAUAGGGAGCUAUUUCAUAACAUUUCUAUGACGCAUUAAAAUUAUAGAAUGAAAACCUUCUAACUAAACUUGAAAUUAAGGCUAAACGUUUAAGAUGCGUAAAUCAUGAGUGAGGCAGAUCUAUCAAAUGACUUUACUCACCCAUCAGCUACGCUGAUGGGUGAGUAAAGUUAGUUCUAACCGAAAUCUGGAAAACAAAAGGCAUAACAUGCGAAAAAUUAUCCCUAAACAAAAAAUUAUAUCGGAGUCUAUCAUUGCUAAUAACAUGAAGCGACUAGACGUUCUACUAAGCGGUCCCUCGGAUAGGUUGUCGGUCCACUUACAGGUUACCUUGCCAUACUUUUUUUGCUUUCCCUGCCUGAAGGUGGUUGGUUACAAUUAUAUUUUUCGGAAGAGACACUGGCAUUUCGAAAGCAAAGUGUUCUGUCAUGAACACCACCAUCCAGCCUCGAUCUGGAUUAGGGCAUAAUGGUGACUAGUAAAAUAAAAAUUUAAUAGAAGCCAAAGAUUUUUGUUAACCUUUGGACCAAAGAGUUUAACUACAUAUCCAGAUUGUCUCUUAAGAUUAAAGUUUCCUUACUCUAACAAUUUGCAUCAAUUUCAGCGAGUGAUAAUGGAGGCCAACUGUUCCUCAGUGUAACUGAUAACCCGGAUGAAAAGAUAUUGAUAGCUCGAGUUGGUAAAGACCACGAAUCUCUUCCCAUGCAAUUCAGAAAGUAAGAGCUUUAUUUUAAUUCAUAACUACGAAUUGCAUUGGCACUACAAAAUACCUGCAGUUCAUCUCAACUUAUUAUGGAAAGAGUCAUUUAGAGAGGAAAAAUGGGCUGGAGGAAGACGACAAAGCUCUCAUCCGUUAAGCCAGAAUCUUAAGGGACAAAGGAUAUGAAAGUUGGAUUAUCCAGGAAACUGCAACAUGGUGCUUGUUACCAAUAUAUUAUUUCCUUAUCAUUUCUGCAGAUAUCCUGAACAACAAUCAUAUCCAAUAAACAUGAAAAAUGGCUCCUAUUACUACAUCGAAGCCCUUCAUAAAGAACAAUACGGGAACGACUCCCUGGCAGUAGCCGUAAUGACACCUGAUUUUGAAUUUCUUGCGCCAAUUCCUUCAGAUUAUUUGUGGACGCUGCCGCCUCCCAAGCCGCACGGUAUGAUCAGCGGUAGAUAGAGCCCUUUUGAAAGAGACAGGCAGAUAGACAAGAGGAUGAAUUAAGACAAACAUAAAUAAUUAAUCAUUCUGAAAGACAAAAGGAUAGGCAGACAUGAAUAGAAAUUCAAAGAAGGAUAAACUCGUCCAUCUAAGAGGCUCGCAAUGAUUAAAUUAAAAAAACCAGUGCCCGAAGCGAAGAAAUCCAAAAAACUAUUGGGGUUCAAAAUUUGUUAUAAUUGGAUUAAAGGGCAAAUUUUGAACACUCAUUGCUAAAUUGAGCACAGUCGCAUGGUGUGUUGAGGGAUCAAUUUCAAAAAAUUAAAAAAAGUUCUCCCUUUAGAGCUACCGUUUCUUAAUUUGUUAAUCACAUUUGACAACUGCACUUUCAGUCAACGACAGUGCCUCCUCCUUCUACCUUGUGAAGAUAGCAGCUAAAGCGGGAGCUAGAGCAGGUGCCACCCUUGGAGUGAAUGAAGCCCUGAAGAGUGGUGCAAAGGCGGGUGCAUUAGCCGGUGCUGCAGCGGGCACAAGGGCUGGAGCCCAAGCAGGAGCAGAGGCAGCACGAGAAGCAGCAACUGAAGUAGCCACGAAAACACUGAAGGAGGCCCUUUCCAAACUGGGUACAUUUCAAAAACCAGUGGGUAUUCGACGGUGCCCGGAACAGUUUUUGCAUUUUGAAAAUUAAGAUAAAGAAGCCUAAAGGUAUUUGAGCGAAGUUAAUGUUCGAAGUUCCACGAGAUGUCUAUGACUCUGUGGGUGAGCAUCCAACAGACUUUUAUUUUCUUGAGGUUGCAUACUUAAAUCAUCAACGUGGAUUCUGAUUGUUUUUCUUCGAUGAAAGUUCAUAAGAUCCUCAUUCCAAAUAAAAAACCUUUGUGCAUUACAAAUGCGAAUAUGCAACACUCUACCACAUAUCGUUUUGGUAGCUUCUUUUAUUAUGCUUCCUUAUUAUGAACUUCUUUAUCACUUCAACUUUUUCAGACAUUUAAUAUUUAUGCAGCAAACGGUAGCGUGAUACCGUUGACGCCAGGAUCAGUGUCUUCAUCUGGACAGACGACAAGCGCCACUGGGUCAAUUGGAAUUGGAACUGCAAGUGCUGUGGAGGGAAGUCAAACUAGUCAAAUAAACCAAACAGGUCUAACAGGUCAGACGAGUCAACCAGGUGAAGGCGGGGUCGGAGCAUCAAUCAGUGCUACCAUAACAGCGGGAACGCAAGGGGCAACAAAUUCUGCUGCAGCAGGUCACUCGGGAGUUUUUCAUGGCGCUUAUGUAUACAAUCGAGAAAAACCAUAUUACAUUCCCCCUCCUGGCGACAAUUCUCAUAUCAUUGCAAGAAAAAUGGUGUAUCUGGAUCCACGAGGGCUUUCCAGAGUUCGUAAGUAUAAAAAUUCACCCAAUGCCAUUCAUCAAAGUAUGAUUCUGUGCACGCUUCGUUUGCAGUGCACAUGGAUUAGUGCUAGCCCGAUUCCUUCCCUUAAAGAUGAUUAAAUUUUGAAUACCUCAAAUAUCUUUCCGAUUUCUAAUAUCACAAAUAAUGUAGUCACGGUUUUUCUUUGUGGACCUUAACAAAAUAGUAAAGCCCUCUUAACAUUUGGAUUCUGCUUUUCCCGCUUUUAUAGUCGUCAACGGAGCGCUAUACGUAAUUCAUUCUUUUGAUGUUCCCGCGAGUCAGAAUCCUAUCUACAAUCUUUGCUGGCGAAUCACUAAUGGAAAGUUAGAGCUGACUCAAAACUGUCAGGUAGGGUUAAAUGAAAUUUACUUAUAUACAGUAAUUAUCUGACACCGACGGGUUUCGCACCAUUAUAUUCACAUUGACAAGGAUUAACGUGACGUUUAUAAAAAAGAGUGUUUAAGCUUGUUUUUCUAAUUCCUAAUCUUUAUUUCCUCUUUAAUUUUCUCAAAUUGUUACUUAUUCAUUAUUUAUUCGAGGGUCUCAAUGGGGUGAUAGCUUUUACGGCUAUCGGUUAAAAUUUUGGCCAAUUUCCGGCUAACGGUUAACACCUUUCCAUUGUUUCCACCAGAGAUAUUUUUUACGGUUAACUUUUUUUACGACUAACGGUUAUAAUUUGUCAAUUUUUACGUCUAACGGCUAAAUAUUUUGGCCGUUUUACGGCUAACGGUUAACCCCAUUGGGACCCUCUUAUUCAUUAUUAAACAUUUAUUUGAUAAAUCUAAAAGGCCCCUCUGAAAGCAACUUUAUCAUCAUUAUUAUUAUCAUUGUUAUUAUUAUUAUUAUUAUUAUUACUGUUAUUAUUUUCAUUGCCACUCUUAUUACAGACUAUUUUACUUGAGAAACGUGUUUUCAGUGACUACUUACUUAAAAUUGUGAACCUGGGCUUCUAUUUUUUUAAAAAAAUCUGUAGGCAUUUGCCAUCAAGAUUCCAGGAUUCGACAAAGGGACCGGAGAACAUCAAACCAUCUCCUUUGAGUCCAUGUGUUUACCUGGUCACUACAUUCGACAGAAGAACUACAGAUUCGUUUUGGGGCACCAAGGAGAUACAAAAUUUGGUAUAGGGCAAAUAUAGUAAUAUCAAUGAUUCUAACAAAGUUUCAAUCGUAACACACUGAAAUACCUGCGUUUGCAAUUUUUGCAUAUGUCAAUGAUUCAUCAUAAUUUGAAGGUAACAAGAGAUAUUUAGGUAGGGCGUAGGUCAUUUUCCACGAGCGAAUAACGCAAUAUCGUCAGCGUCAGGAAAAAGCGAUUAUGAAUGUUUCUAAUCCUCGUGGUCAGGAUGCUGGUCCACUGCAAGUAGCCCUCGCGCUAUUUAUCGAGUUUCCUUGACACAUCCAUUUAUACGGCUGGGAAAAAAGCUAACAAAAGUCUGCGCAUGUCACGAAUAUGUCUAUAAGUCCAUAGCAACCGUAUAUAUCAGUUAAUAUGGCGGGGAUUUUAAAUAUUUUGAAAUACUAGCUAAUAAACCUUUAUCGAUUAAGACUGCUAUGCAGCAAAUUUCAACAGACUGAGUAUCGCCCAGUACGCGUAUCGAUGCUAUUGUAAACCAACACAAAAUGAUUUUCACGGUCGAAAUACAGCAGUUUGCAGCCACAUUUCAGCAAGUAUACAAAGACGACACUAUGGUGUGCAAACGACAUUUCAAACCCCUGUUCAAGGAGUCUGUAGCUUACGUUUUAAGCUUGAACUCCUUGCCUGUGUCUUAACCAGGAAGGAAAACUUCGCCGCUUGUCAAUUUUUCAAAAAUUGCGCUGUAAUCGCUUAGUGUUGCUAUGGUUUCAAGAGUGAGUCCGCAAAAGUCCUAGAGAUGCGCCGAUGCUUUGGGACUCUGUCACUUCAGGGUGGGAAGAAGCACCUUGAGUUUAAUUAUUUUACAGCUGUCCACCUUGCCUCGGUUUAAAUAGGGGAAAAGUAUAAGUUUUCAAUUAUUCUUUUUAAACACCAGAUUAUGAUGCAAGUGCAGCCUUCUUUCAAGUAUUUUCACUUCCUGGUGCAUUCCAGUUUAGCCUCAUGCGAAAGGGAUGGUACAUUUGCAGAAGCAUAAAUCGAAACUAUCAUCGAACGGAGGUGGUUACAGACUACAACAUGGCAUCAUCCGAAUGGCUAAAGCGUUGCUCGUUCGCUCUAAGGCCUCUUGCAGCCAACGAGAAUCCUCUGAUGAACUGCUACGAUACGAUUGAACCAUCUAAACCACCUAGUGUUGCUUCUACCGACACAAAACCACCACUUACAAACAAAACAACAAUUAGAACCACCCGUCCUACAACUGUUCCAACCACACCACACAAGGACUACGGUAACGAUAAUCAUUGUCUUUAAUUGUAGAACAAAGAUAAUUGCUAAAAUUUGGGUCUUAUUCAAAAAUUGCCUGUCACCAGAGCAACCACCAAAAACAAUAAAAAAAUUGGCAAAUUAUUACAUUAGGGACAAUUAAAGUUUGGCUACGUCUCCAGCUCGUCAUGCAUGAUCGGAAGUCUACCUUUACUAGUCUCUCCCGUUGACACAUUUCAUGCGUAUCAUUCAAAUAAGGGAAACACACAUUACUACUAUAAGUCUGCUUAGAAGAGUGAGGUCAUUGCAUGAUUUUUUUAAAGUCGCACUCUAACGGGAUAACUUGAGCUGAUUAAGAGUUAGGCAGUGUACCACCGAGUCAUGAACAAAUUCCAACCGUGUAGGAGUCUAAAUCUAUUACCAUUUUUUCAAACCUGGAGAAAUUGUUGUAUAUUGUUCGAGGUUCAGAAAACAUUUAUAUAAUGAUCCCAACUACUUUACGUGAAAAAAAAAAUCAGUUAAACACUUGAAACGUUGACGGAAUGAUUUGAUUGGUCAUUUCAAUGCAAAAUCUAACCUUAACGGAUAUAUUGAUACCGGUUGAUACAUUUCUCAUGAAUAUAAGCCUCAUGCAAGAAUUUGAUAAAUAAGAUAUAAAUUUCCCGUCUACCCUCCAGGACCCUGCGUGAACUUCACGUUUUGGAAUACAGCUGGGGUGCCUUUCAUCCUUUACUCCAGUCUCAAACCAGAAGGGUAUUUAGUCACUGGACCCAAGUUACACCUUCACUACGUUAUUCGCGAUCAAAAAGUAAUCGAUUUGAAGGUUCUUCAUAUGAAAAGAACUAACGUUCCAAACCAAGAUGGAGAAGUUUUAUCUGAGGUGGGCCUAUAUUAUGAAAGGGUAAUUUCGUGUUGACAACUGAGUUGAUAACGUAAAUUGGCCGCAGUAAAGAGCAAAAAAGCUGACGUUUUGAGUGUUAGCCUUUUAUCCGAGCGAUUGGAGGAAUUGUGGGUUAUGUGUGGGUUUAUAUGCAGAAAAUGGAGCUACGCUAUUGGUGGGAAUAUGGUGACUUUACGGUAGCCAAUUUACGUUUUCAACUUAGUUGUAAAACGUAAAUUACCUGCUAUACUCUACCACCGACGCAGCACCACAGUUUCUUUACAAACAUACCCCCUUUAUUCAUUCUACAUCAUUAAAGCUUACUUGGUUGUGCUGAGCAAAUAUAUUUAGCCUAAUGGAAAGUGCUAUUGGGCGUUGAAAGUGUAAAUGGGCCACUCUCAUAGAACAAGUGACUUUCGAAGGACGUGCGCGAAUUUAAUAUUAAUAGAUAGGUUUAUUCAUAUUAUUUGGUCAAUAAUCUGUUUUGUUGGUCACUGACGUUAUUAAGCGCUGUGACCCAGUGAUGCAACCCCUAGCCUAUGGUUCCAGUGGUCAUACGCUAUGAUACUUCGUUGAUAAUGUAACUAAAAAUCUUUACUUAUCUCAUCCGUCGCCUUCAGGAUCAGAUGGCCUUCGUUAUCUUAUUACGAGGGCAUAAUUAAUAUCUGUGAUUUUUCUUCAGGUUAUGGAUGAAUUGACCGAUACUCAGCAGUUGUACCUCGACAAACCCAAACUCGCAUCCAGACAGAUUGUGUCUUUCUGGGCCAAAGAUCCAGAAGGGAAACGCGAAAUUCUUCUUGAUGGGAAGAAAAUAAUUUAUGCGAUUCCUGGACUGCACUGCUGGCACUACAUAGAAGUGAAAGUCACAUCAAGGCCAAAACAUAGUACGUAGAUAAUACAAACACAACGAAAUGGAAGGUGAUCUUCGCAGUAAUGAACACUACUUAAGCAGUGGUGAAUAUGAGGUCCGAAAAACAUUUCAGGCCUUACUUUCACUACUGCUUGAGUAGUGUUCAUUACUACGAAGAUUGUUUUGAAAUUCGUUUCUUAAGCCGCGGUUCACAGGUGUGAUUUUCAUAUAUUUACAUUUUGUUAUGGAUAUUUAUUGAGGUAUACAAGGCGCUUUACAUGUUAAUGAGUUUUUCCAUCCUAUCCCACUUUAUCGAUUACUUAAAGAAUCAUUUUGCCACAAAAAUAGCAAAUGAACAAAGUUACAAAAGUGAUGGGAAAGUGGAAGAUGAUUUUUGUUUGUCGUAGGAGACUUAAAUAUUGCAUUUCAUCGAACAAGUUUUCCUUGCUUUUCAGACUAAAAUAGUUCCUGUUUCCUUUUUUUCAUUAUUACAGGUCCUUCGACGACUAAACCAACAACACGAACAACGACAGUCAAACCUACAACUCAAACCCCGCGACCUGCCACAACUAAGCUGCCCCCACCACCUCCACCACCCCCACCUCCUCCACGCAUACCUCAUAUCCACGUUCAUUUCCACCCCCCGCAUUUCCCGCCACCUCCCAAGCCGACUCACCCACCUCCUCCUCCACCAAUACUAACACCUCUAUCAACGAAGCCAACAGAAGCACCACCGCCACCCUCCACACCUUCUCCGCCAACCCCUCCAACUACUAAAACUACACCUUGCAACCCGGGUGUAUCAACGACCACAAGUCGUCCAUGCUCCAUAGUAACAACACCUACUACUAAGACUCCACCUAAAACAAUACCUCCCUGCACACCAAACGCUAGUCCUCCACCUGCUGGUUCUCCUCAAUGCAAGCCAAUCAAUAGCACAUUUGUCAUUUCUCCAUGUUCCGCUGGGUCACCACUAUGCUUCAAACCAUUCCCAUCAGUCACCUUACCAACGUUACCCCCCGCACCUUCCCUUUCUCCUGUUCUCGGUGAGUAAUCUUUGUGCUAACAGCGAAGCAGUAACAUUUUCAUCCAUUAUAUACCAGACAAGUGAAGUCUGCUUUUCGACCUCCCUAUUUGGCAAAAGCUGAAGUGAUCAGCAACUGCUAUUCAACUCCGACUUGAACAGGCAAAGAGACAAGAUGGCAGUCGGUUUUCGACCAUUUUCGGUAUACUGACCAAAAACUAAAUUAAUUUUUUUAGUUCUUGUGUGGUUGAUGUUAAAACAAUCACUCCCCUCGGUGCCAUCUCCACUCCGGUGAAUAGUCGUUAAGUAUAUCAGACGUUUUAUCAGAACACAUACCGAUAUAUCUAUAUGAAAGACUCUAAGAACCAAAGGUCUAUUAAAACUGAUACAAGGAUAGAUAAUUUCUAAAACGCUAUUUUCAUCUUUCGUAGAGGUUUCAGCAUCAGUGAUAAUACAAGGUAGGCAGGACGCUUAACUUUAUACCAAGGUAGAUCUCAGCCCAGCUGAAAUCCAAUUUCUUCAACCACGACAAAAUGAAAGGAUCAAAUAUUCCAUAUAAUUUAGCAUUGAAGUCAUUUGUAAUUCGCGACCAAACAAACAGGUUGUAUGUCCACCCAUGGAGGAACUUCAAAAGGCGCCUGUUGCGUUUUCCCAUUCAUCUACCGAGGAAACCCGCAGCACCGCUGUACAAGGGCUGAGCGAGGUUACCGCUGGUGCUCAACAACCAAUAAUUAUGACAAGGAUAAAGAAUGGGGAUUUUGUGCGGCAUGUUUUCUCUGUUACGGAGGUAGUUCAAAUGGCAACUGCUGUCAUUUUCCUUUCGUGUAUGAUGGUAAAAUGUACACGACCUGUACCACCCAGGAUUCAACUAAGCCGUGGUGUGCCACCACGUACAACUAUGAUGUGGAUAAACAGUGGGGCUAUUGUGGAGGUUAGCGAUGAUUUUUUUUUUCGUUUGUUUUUGUUUGCUCGCCGGAAGCUUACUUCAGUAUUUCUUUGGGUGAUAGCUGUGUUUGCAAUAAAAUAAUUGAAUCCAAAUGAAUUUGAAACUCCCGAUUAUGCUUGUUUUGGCAUGAAUCGUGCCAUCAUCACUUUGUUGUAUUGUUUUACACGCUACAUUAAAACUACGUUAACAAUCAAAGUACUAUUACAAUAGUCAAUUUGAUAACAAUGCCCGUUAGUGCAACUAUUGGAAGGAUAGCAGGCGUGUUAAAUAUAGUAUUGGAACGGUAAAUGUCACUUGAAAUUAUGUAAUUUAAUCUAAGAACUGGUGAGUACAAAAUUGUCACAUGUUACGUAAGUAGAACUAUUUAUUUGUUCAAUAUGGAAACUAAGCACAACAAAAAUAACAAUUCGCUACAAAGUGUCAUUUAAAAUGUUCGUGUUGCACUUCUAUUGUGAAUUAUUUGUAAUAUCGACAGGUGACGCGCCCGGCUCAGUUUCCCAGCCCAAAAUUGCCUACGCACCAUGUUCUGCUGAUUGUGAUGGUAAAUGUGUGGACACGUGUCCCGACUACUGCUGUGUAAAGGGCAUGAUAAGAACGCAGGAACAACCAGCUCCGGUAACACCCCCACCCCCUCAGGUAAUUCGUUUAUUAAAGGAGACGGUGCACUAAGGAUUAGUAUUUACCAUUCCACGCAUGGAAAACAUAACAAAAUUAUCUGCGCCAGUUCCAGGAGUUCCGUGAAUUCAAAGUCAGAAUCAUUUGCUCAAACUUCACGGUCGACCGAAUUCCUAGGGGAAAUAUGCAGUAACACACAUUGAGCUGAAACACUUUAUCAGCGUGUUCACUUUUCCUUAUCAGCAGGUCGAGCAGGUCCCUCUGGUUCAGCAGACCUCGCAGUCUUGUCCAGCCAUCUGCACCGAGACAUGCGCACCAGACUGCCCCGUUCGUUGUUGUAAUUUCCUUCCGUCUUCGCCUUACAUGGCAAGUCCUCCUCAAAGACCUACGAACUGCCCUCCGAUCUGCUUCAACACAUGUGUUAGUUACUGUCCAACGGACUGUUGUAACAACCCACAGCAAGGCGUAAGCCGUAACACGUUAUCUUACACUCUUAAACUACCAUGCCCUACUAACUGCUACCCUACAUGUCAUGGCAACUGCCCACAGCAAUGCUGCAAGGCAGCGCAAAAGGGAACUAGUUCUUUACUUCACUCUGCUGUGAACAACAAGGGUGUUGGUUUCUAUCAAAGGAUUCAAGGGGAGGGUAUAUCCCCCUCUAUGAGCUUACAAACACCUUCAGCGUCGCCGAUUGUGAUCCGUUCGACGUUACUUUGUCCAAAAGUAUGUAACAAGAUUUGCACAAACGCCUGUCCUACCGAAUGCUGUAAAAGACAGAAAAAUGGAAACAUCAAUCAGCAAAAGUGGAGAAACACCGCCCAGGGUAAAUAACAUUUCGUGUUUUGAAAGAACCCCCCCCCCCCAAAUCUUCGCGAAGUAACUAUGAUUACUCAGCUAGGUGAAGGUAUCAACUAUGUCCACGAAUGCGAAGAAAUUACUGUAUUCGUACUUCCGGCUUCUGGCUUUCUCAGGCCGUGAGAGACUUCGUCAGCGGUAAUUACGAGUAGGGGUCUUUGUUUAGGGAAGCCGAAAAUAAUCAAAGUUUUAGCUUAGGUUAGAUGAACAGCCCUUUUUUGGAAUAAAUCAAGAAUUAAUUAGUGUAAAGGUUCUAUUCAUCACUCUCUGCGAAAUGAUUUGAAUGCAAAUGAACAUUGUGCAAUGUCAGGCGUAAAACUCCCUCAAGAGAUGAAUUUGUGUGGUUUUUCAGCUGUAUAGAAAAAAUGGGCAGAUCUUUUUCGCACUGUGAUCGGACGUUCUCAAAGCAAUUGUGCGCGAAAACUAAGCUGCGUCAACAUAAUAAGCAAAUUAAGAUUCUUUCUGCACUGUAGAUACCUUUGAUUUUGAACUGCUAAAUUCUAUCUCCAGAUUGCAAAAAUGGUGCCAUUACAUUCGGAGGAAACGCCAAAGGAGCCUGUUGCAAUUUUCCUUUUAUUUACGAUGGUGCGGUUUAUUGGAGAUGUACAAAUCAAAAUGCAGACAAGAAAUGGUGUUCGGUGACUAAAGUGUUUGAGCUCGACAGAAAAUGGGGAUACUGUCCUUGGUAA